AUGAAAACAACAACCCUAGUUGCCAUCUUUAUAUCUGGUUUACUUGUAUGUUUUACUAGGUAUGCCUUAUAUACUGCUUUUGGGCAACCCUCUCAACAACUAAGAGAUCCAAAUUGCAAGUAG